GGUCUGCCCGAUCCCGCUGGGUGCCCCGUGUCACCGUUGCCUCGCUCGGUGGAGCUGCUGCAGGCCUGUGCGCGCGGGCUUGGAAUAUGGUUGGGGAAAAGGAAGCCAAGGAGAAGCUGAAGCCGAGCCCCGAUUACCUGAUGCAGCUGAUGAACAACAAGAAGCUGAUGAGCAGCCUCCCCAACUUCUGCGGGAUCUUCAACCACCUCGAGUGGCUGCUGGACGAAGAAAUUAGCAGAGUACGGAAAGACAUGUAUAAUGGCACAUUAAAUGGUAGUACAGAGAAUGCAGAAUUACCAGAUGCUGUGGGACCUAUUGUCCAGUUACAAGAGAAACUAUAUGCACCUGUAAAAGAAUAUCCAGAUUUUAACUUUGUCGGAAGAAUCCUUGGGCCCAGAGAACUAACAGCUAAACAGCUUGAGGCGGAAACAGGAUGCAAGAUAAUGGUCCGAAGGAAGGGCUCAAUGAGAGACAAAAAGAAGGAAGAACAGAACCGAGGCAAGCCCAACUCGGAACACCUGAAUGAAGAUUUGCAUGUACUUAUCACUGUGGAGGAUGCUCAAAACAGAGCAGAAAUAAAACUGAAGAGGGCUGCUGAAGAAGUGAAAAAGUUACUGAUACCUGCAGCAGGAGAAGACAGCCUUAAAAAGAUGCAGCUGAUGGAGCUUGCAAUUCUGAAUGGCACCUACAGAGAUGCCAACAUCAAAUCACCAGCCCUUGCCUUUUCUCUUGCAGCAACAGCCCAGGCUCCAAGGAUCAUUACUGGGCCUGCGCCUGUUCUCCCACCAGCUGCCCUGCGUACUCCUACACCAGCUGGCCCUACCAUAAUGCCUUUGAUCAGACAAAUACAAACCGCUGUCAUGUCAAACGGAACUCCUCAUCCCACCGCUGCAAUAGUGCCACCAGGACCCGAAGCUGGUUUAAUUUACACCCCGUACAAGUACCCCUACACACUGGCACCAGCUACAUCAAUCCUUGAGUAUCCCAUUGAACCUAGUGGUGUAUUAGGUGCGGUGGCUACUAAAGUUCGAAGGCACAAUAUGCGUGUCCAUCCUUACCAAAGGAUAGUGACCGCAGACCUAGCUGCCACCGGCAACUAACCUAUGACCUUCUGACCUCUGAACUCUUCACCCAAUGAUGACCUGACCAUGCCUGCCUGCUGAUCAGUUAACUGGUAAUCGCCUUUGCUUGCCUGUCUUCAGUGCAGUGAGCUGGGGCACUUGUCCGUUCGUCUUACCAUCUAAGAAAACAAGAAAUUGUUUGUCCUCCAACUCCGCUUUUUGUGUUCUCCUGUCUGGGUGAAAGUGGUUCUAGAACCUGCACUGAAUAGUAGUAAAGCAAUAAGGUCCAAUUCAUCCCUCCGCACUGAUCAUCCUCUAGCGUCCCACCCCAAGCAAACGGUAAGGAGGUCUCUCACGAGAUGGAGACAGAUGUCCCUUAACAACCGAUGACAGUGGCAGUUACUGUGAGAGACUUCUAGGAAUAUUUUUCUUCUCAAAAAAAGAAGUCAAAGCUCUCUCUGAAUGUACUGUGUGAUGAUGCAUCAUGCAUGAACCUUUGGUCAGGGAUGUCAUUGGUGAAGGGAUUCCAAAAAGUAUUCAAAAUUUGACAUGCUGUUUAGUCCACUACCAGUGCCCUCAAAGGGCGGAAGUCGCAGCCUUUUUUCUAUUGCCUGCCAAAUUGGAUGUUU